AUGAGGGUCAAUGUUGUAGAUAUUGUGCGUUCAAUAUACCCUUCUACUAGGGCUCCUGAGGAGAUGCGAGUGUUCCUGGUUCCUCGUGUUUUGACUUGGUUGUUGGGGGAGCGUGUGGUGAUUGAAUUAUCUGUGUCGAAGAUGAUUGGUUUCCUCUGUGGCAGUGUGAUCUCUUUCACUUGGUUGUUUUCGAAGAUGUGGUUGAUGCACAAUCUGUUUGCUAUAUGUUUCUCCAUUCACGCUAUCCGCCUGAUCUCGGUGGGUACCUUCAGAACGGCUACAAUUCUGCUUACCGGACUCUUCUUCUAUGACGUCUUCUGGGUCUUCAAAACCGACGUCAUGGUCACCGUCGCGAAGAGCUUCGAAGCACCCGCCAAGCUCCUUUUCCCGCAACCCGGAAACGCUCACAUGAGCUUGUUGGGACUCGGUGACAUUGUCAUCCCCGGCAUCUUCAUCGCCAUGACUCUCCGGUUCGACUGGGCCCGAAACCAACUCAUGAUAACCAACCAAGAUGUCAAAGCGGAAGGGAUGGAGUGCCGUGGCGACGUGUGUUAUCGGAAGCCGGAAACGACCGCCGAGUCUACAGCCACCACCGAAGACCAUGAAACCACCGUCAAGGCCAGAACUCGAAAAACCGGAUCCAAAACCACGACUGCAGCCUGCCCAGACCGCACCGGCACCACUACCCAUGCCGGUACCACUACCCAUGCUGGUACCACUACCCAUGCCGGUACCACUAUCCAUGCCGGUACCACUACACAUGCCGGUACUGUUGGACACGAACCACGUCAAGCGGUUAGUCCGAUGUACCAAGAAUUCAGUCGGUUUUACUUCAGAGCAUCCAUGUUCGCCUACACCAGCUCUCUGUGCCUGACUGGUGCCGUCAUGCUCAUCUGGCAGUCGGCCCAACCGGCACUCCUCUACCUCGUGCCUUCCCUUCUCGUGUCGGUUUACGCACCGGCCCUCAUUCGCGGAGAACUCGCCACCCUCCUCGCCUACUCCGAAGAAGAGGAUGAGGAGACCGGGAACGAGGCAGAGGAAGACGAAGACGACGAAGAGGAAGACGAUGAAGCCAUAGACGAGUCCCAGGCCACGGCUCUGGACGCCCCGCUGAGACCAACAGUGGUCCAAUGA